GAAGCUACGCAGCUUGAUACUGUCCAGGACAUCAUAUCAGAGCUGGAGAAGAGGGCUAUCGGAGCAGGGACAGUUACUUACGACGGGCUGAAUGACGCUAUUAGGGCAUGCCUUCGCGAUACCGAGGCCGAGCGCCAGAUGUGCCACUUCUGGGGUGGCAAAUUCCGUCGCGUGUCUGCUGAAUUUGGGAUCCCUGACUGCUCUGUUCGUCAUGCAUGGGUGCUUUGGAUGUGUGGAAAUAAGGCCAAGCAAAUUCCACCUCUCCGCCUUCUCGACGGCCGCGAUAUGCCUAGUCGAAUGCUACAAAAGCCCCUAAGCCAGCUCCGCUUUCUCAUGCGCAAGAUCGAGAAUGAUGAGCAUCUAAAAAUCUGCUUCAACUUGGCCAGUCCAUCGACGCAGCGACUCAACUGGGCGACAGUAGAAAAGCUACUGCGAAAAAAAGCAAAAAGAACAGUCAACUAA